AUGCUACACACUAGCCGCUAUAUUGGACCCCUAUCGUGCUUGGCCCCGGCUUUGUCAAUCGUCAGAAAUACCGAGGCCACAGCAUCGCAAGCGCCUACGCCGCCCAAUGUACAAUUUCAGGGGGACUUGACACCCAAUCAAGAGACCUUUGAGUAUCUAGUGGCGAAAUAUCUCUCAGAUAUACAAAGUAUCUAUCCACUUCUGGAUGAGACAUUGCCAUUCCUCUCGCCGGAGUGGCUGGUCGAAAAUAAUGAAACAGAUUUGACUCACAUGCAACGUUUCAUGCUGGAAAUGGUUUAUUCAAUAGCAAGUCAUCGAGUACUCGACGAAUUACCAAACCACGAGGGAAUGGAUUACUACCAAAAGCUGGCUGAUGCGUCCCACCGCAGAGGACUCAUGAUCUUCGACAAAGCCGCGACAGAUAUCAGCAUGCACACCCUUGAAACAGUAACUCUCGCUGCGUUACAUAGUUUGCUUUCCCCGCAAGCGGGAAAUAUUGGACAACUCGUCGGAUUGGCUGCUAGAUUAGCGAUUGACUUGGGAGCUGUUGAUAAACCUGGCUAUAAUUCAAACGAGGGAAACGAAAGUGAGCAAAUUUACAAGUCGAUCUACUGUCUCGAAAAUCAGUACGCUACAGCCUUGGAUCGCCCGGGACUUCUGCCCCAGCCUGUGAUAGAUCCUGAAUCUAGCACACCUCAAGAUGUCCUCUGUGCGGUCUAUCGAAUUCAAGCUUGUUUCCGGUCCCAGCGGGGUAAUGUUGAUGCCACGUCACUACUACAGGAGCUUGACGGUUAUGUCUCUACUAUUGAGCAAAUGCCGAUCCGAUCAAUACCUAAUAUUAUUGCAACCGUCUACGAGACACGCUUAUUGAUCCGAUCGGAUGACGAGGAGAGCGCAAUGUGUCUACUUGAGAUAUAUUCCCAGAAGUUCUAUAUCCGAACCGCGCUGAGUCCUUCAUGGGCAUACCGAGCAGGCUUAGUUAUUGUCUCCAAGAUAUCAACGUAUCAACUGCACCCGGGCGCAAUUCAAACCCAUAACCUACAUAAAAGCUACCAGGCAUACGGAAAUUGUUUAUUGUUCCUAGAGCAGUGCUCGCGGAGAUGGCCAAGCGCCAAUGCAUUGAGAAUGUCGCUACAAGACGCUGCGUCUAGGACCUGA